AUGAUAAUGUUCGCUGGGUGGAAAUAUUCAAUGUGGAAGUGACAGUAACGAUUCAUAAUAAUACAAGUGUAGUGCCAGUUCAAAAUUUUAGGAUGGCUGAUUCGAGAUAUUUUAAAUGCAAAUCACCCAAGGGACAUAGAGCAGGAGAAUUUUCAAGACCUAAAAUGAAGAAAUUAAAACAUAAUCGUAAAGAAGACAGCAAACGUCAAGUUGAAUGCAGGACUCCUCCAUUACCCUCCAGUUCAAGUUUAGAUGAAUUGCUCAAACAGCGAGAAAAUUUAAAAGAUGAACUGGAAAAAAUAACAACACUAUCUAAAUAUGAUCUAGAAAUUAGACAAAAAUUCCAUGACAAUGUAAAAACAUCACAACAUGCCACUGAGAGGAGUUAUACUGAUGAAAUAAAUUAUUCCAAUAUAAAAAGACAAAAAAAAGAAACUGAAGAAAAUCAAGAAUUUAUCGAAAGUCAUUUGGAUUCUGAUGAUGAAGAAAACAUUAUUGAGCUAAGAAGAAAACAACGUAAGGAGCUUUUGGAGAAACUGAAUUCUUCAAGCUUUAACAAACCAUGUGAUUAUGUUCAAGACAAUGAUAACAGUCUCAAAAAUUUACCCGAUAACAAGCAAAAUAAUGAACAAAUUCAGAUGACUUCAGAUAUGCCUGUAUCCAUAAAGGAAUCCACUGAUAUGUUUUCUGAAAAGGAAUUUUCUAACAGCAAGCUACACACUGUGAAACAAGACAACAGCAAUGCUGAACUUUCAGAUAACUGGGAUGAUGCAGAAGGAUAUUAUAAUGUAAAAGUCGGUGACAUGAUCGACUGCAAUAAAUAUACUGUAAAAAGUAUUCUGGGUCAAGGAGUCUUUGCAAAUGUUAUCUUAGCUCAAGAUAAUAAAAAUAAAACAGAAGUGGCAGUUAAAGUAAUGAGGACUAAUGAAGUAAUUUACAAAACUGGCUUGAAGGAACUGGCAUUAUUAAAAGAAAUCAAUGAUGCAGAUCCUGAAAAUAAACAUCACUGUGUCAAAUUCUUAAGAAGUUUUAUGCAUAAAAGCCAUCUUUGUGUUGUACUUGAACCACUUUACAUGGACAUGCGAAAAGUUAUUAAAAAAUAUGGCAAACAUACCGGUCUGAAUAUGAAAGCAGUUGUUAGCUACAGUAGGCAACUACUUAUUGCUUUAAGACUUCUAAAAAAACUUGGUAUUAUCCAUGCAGAUGUCAAACCCGAUAACAUUCUUGUGAAUGAAAAGAAGAAUAUAUUGAAACUAUGUGAUUUUGGUUCAGCAUCCAAGGUUGAUGAAAACGAAAUAACUCCUUAUUUAGUUUCGAGAUUUUACAGAGCACCAGAAAUUAUUCUAGGUGUAGCAUACAAACAUAGUAUAGAUAUCUGGUCAGCCGCUUGCACAAUUUAUGAAAUGACAACUGGAAAAAUAAUGUUUACUGGAAGUUCUAAUAACAAAAUGCUCAAGUGUUUCAUGGACUUAAAAGGUAAAAUUCCAAGCAAAAUGAUACGAAAAGGCAAAUUUAAAGAUCAGCAUUUUAAUUACAACAAUAGCUUUCUUCUUCACAAAAAAGAUGAACUAUCUGGCAGGGAAAAAUUUGUUGAACUCAGUAAUAUAAAUGCCACAAGGGAUCUCUUAACUGAACUAAAAAAGUCUCAUAAAAACACCACUCAAGAUGUAGAAAAAAAAUUGACGCAAUUGAAAGAUUUAUUAGAGAAGAUGUUAAUAUUUGAUAGCAACCAAAGAUUGUCAGUCAAUGAUUGCCUCAGACAUCCUUUCAUUCAAGAGAGCUUGAAUAAGUAA